UGCAGGAAGCGCCGGCCGCGCUGCCCACGGAGCCGGGCCCCAGCCCAGUGCCUGCCUUCCUCGGCAAGUUAUGGGCGCUGGUGGGCGACCCGGGCACCGACCACCUGAUCCGCUGGAGCCCGGCCUCAGAGCUGGUUCCUGCCCGGCCUCGUCCCACGUCCCCAUGAACUGCAGCCUCGGUCUCCAGAGUGAGUGCGAGUUUGUGUGCGCGCGCCAGACCACUGGCUUGGCCGUGGGCGGGCACCACUCACUGUGUCGUCUGGUCUCCGCCCGCACCGUGAGUGGGCGGGCGGUGCUCUCCUCAGAGCGGCACCAGCUUCCUCGUGAGCGACCAGAGCCGCUUCGCCAAGGAGGUGCUGCCCCAAUACUUCAAGCACAGCAACAUGGCAAGCUUCGUGCGGCAACUCAAUAUGUACGGUUUUCGGAAGGUGGUGAGCAUCGAGCAGGGUGGCCUGCUGAGACCCGAACGGGAUCACGUCGAGUUCCAGCACCCGAGCUUCGUACGCGGCCGAGAGCAACUGCUGGAACGCGUGCGCCGCAAGGUGCCCGCGCUGCGCGGCGACGACGGCCGCUGGCGCCCCGAGGACCUGGGCCGGCUGCUGGGCGAGGUGCAGGCUUUUCGGGGAGUGCAGGAGAGCACCGAGGCGCGGCUGCGGGAACUCAGGCAGCAGAACGAGAUACUGUGGAGGGAGGUGGUCACGCUGCGGCAGAGCCACGGUCAACAGCAUCGGGUCAUCGGCAAGCUGAUCCAGUGCCUCUUUGGGCCACUUCAGGCUGGGUCUGGCAGCACAGGAGCUAAGAGGAAGCUGUCGCUGAUGCUGGAUGAGGGGUGCCCAACGCCAGCCAAAUUCAAUGCCUGCCCCUUACCUGGUGCCCUCCUGCAGGACCCCUACUUUAUCCAGUCGCCCCUCCCGGAGACCACGCUGGGCCUCAGCAGCCCUCACAGGGCCAGGGGCCCCAUCAUCUCCGACCUCCCGGAAGACUCUCCUUCCCCUGAAGGAACCAGGCUUUCCCCCUCCAGUGGUGGCAGGAGGGAGAAGGGCCUGGCACUGCUCAAAGAAGAGCCAGCCAGCCCAGGGGGGGAAGGCGAGGCCGGGCUGGCCCUGGCCCCAAACGAGUGUGACUUCUGCGUGACAGCACCCCCACCGCUGCCUGUGGCUGUGGUGCAGGCCAUCCUGGAGGGGAAGGGGAGCUUCAGCCCUGAGGGGCCCAGGAAUGCCCAACAGCCUGAACCAAGAGGCCCCAGGGAGGUUCCUGACAGGGGCCCUCUGGACCUGGAGAGGGGAGGCCGGAGCCCAGACAGUCUGCUGCCUCCAAUGCUGCUUCGGGCCCCCCCUGAAAGUGUGGAGCCCGCAGGGCCACUGGAUGUGCUGGGCCCCAGCCUCCAAGGGCGGGAAUGGACUCUGAUGGACUUAGACAUGGAGCUGUCCCUGCCAAAGCCCCAGCUCCCUUCCCCAGCUGCUUCCUGCGGUUCUCUUCUGCAGUUGCAGCCCUUGGUUCCAGAGAAGGGUGAGACUGAGCUGGCAGUUAAGGGGUUAAAUUCUCCAGGCCCAGGAAAGGACUCCACACUCGGGGCACCACUCCUGCUGGACAUCCCAGCGUCUUUAGGAGGCCCAGCCCUCAGCCUGCCUGGAGCUUUAACCAUUUACAGCAGCCCUGAGAGCCGGGCCUCCUACCUGGGCGCGGGAGACAACCCCUCCCCCUGAGACACCCUCCACACCGAAGCCAGCCCUGCUGAGGGGCUGGCCGGCAGUAGCACGCCCCGCUCGGCUUCCUUGAGCUCCCUGGUGGACUCUGAGUGAAGCCCCAGUUACUUGGCAGCCCCUCUCCAUUCCCGAGUCCUGCAUAAAACCGCAUUUUUCCCCUGU